AUGCAUGUGUUUUCUUUUCGAAUCGCUUUUAUUAUCACCAUUAUCAUCUUUGUCGAAUCGAUUUAUUCGAAUUCCCAAUUUUGUUCUACUCUGUAUACAACAACAAAACAAGAUCAAUGUCCUAACCCGUUAUCGUUCGAUAUUCUCGAAGAAUAUGCAAAAUCAUUAUCAUCUUGGAAAUUAAAUAUUCCAAUAUUAAAAAAUGAAAGCGACAUUGAUAUUAUUGAAGAACUUAAAAAACGUUUCGACGAAGGCAACUCUUGUCCUUAUGUACGGCAAAUGAAUAAAGCAAUUUGUUGUAGCGGAUGGGAAGGUCCUGGUUGUAAUAAACCAGAAAACUCCGUUUCUCAAAAUUUAUUUUCUACUUGUCAUGUCUGGGGUCGAGCUCGUAUUCGAACUUUUGAUGGAACAUAUUAUCGAUUUCCGGGCAGUUGUUCAUAUAAAUUAAUCGGUUCAAGUACGUGGCAAUUAAACAUUCAAUUUAUAAAUUGUACAACAACAAAAACGUCUUGUCAAAAAAAACUAACAAUUGUUAUUGCUGGUAAAAUAUUAGAAGUAACAGGCACAAAUUUAAUAAAUGUUACAGCAUAUCCAUCGAAUUUAAUAAUUCAACGACAAGAAACUAAUUUCCUUGAUCUGUACUUCACGAAUGGUAUCCGAUUAAAAGUUCAUGAUCAGCAUCAACAAACAAUAAUUAUUCAACUAGAUGAUAAUUUUAUCAAUGAUCAAAGUUUAUCAGGUCUUUGUGGAGAUUAUAAUCAGAAGCCAGAUGAUGAUUUUAAAAUAUUAACCACUGGUCUUAUUACGAACACACCAGCAGAUUUUGGAAAUCAAUGGAAAUCAAGUCAAAGCUGCCCGGAUGCUUCAAUAGUAAUAGAUAACUGUUCAAUAACUUCAGAAGCUAUUGACGCAUGCAUUGCAUUGACCAAUCAAUCAGAAAUAUUUCAACCGUGCUUUAAUAAAAUUGAUUACCGCUAUUUUUAUCAAGCAUGUUUGAAUGAUGUAUGUUCGGCUAAAUCAGAAAACGCAUCUAUAAAUAUUGCACGAUGUCAAGCAUUGGAAGCGUACGCCGAAGAGUGUCGAGAACAUGAUAUUUACAUUCAAUGGCGAUCUAACACUGGAUGCGCAAAACAAUGUUCAUCACCGAAUAUGGCGUUUAAAGAAUGUGCUUCAUCGUGUCGUCGGACAUGUCAAAAUCCAUCAUCAACAAUUACUCAAUGCCAUACACAAACUAGCGAAUGUACUCCGAGAUGUGUUUGUACCAAUGGAACUGUCUAUGAUAGUUUUCGAGAUGAAUGCGUGCAAUUGGAAGAAUGCACAUGUCAAUACAAUAGCAUUCAAUAUCAGCCUGGAUAUCAAGUAUCAAUCGAUUGCAAUGAUUGUACAUGUGAUCGUGGUCGAUGGAUAUGCACGAAUCGAACAUGUUCGAGAACUUGUACCGUCCUUGGAAAUAUGAAUAUAUUAACAUUUGAUGGUAAACAAUAUGCACUUGUCAGCAAAUGCAAUCAAGUUCUAGUCGAAGUAAUUCGUUUUCAUUUUUAUAAGACGAACAUUUAAUUAACGGAAUUGGCGGAAAAGGCAGAAAGGAAAAACGCCGAAAAGGAAAAUGUCGAAAAAAAAAGGAAAACGUCGAAACUGGAAAUUGCAGAAGGUAAAAGCGUCGAAGAGGAAAACGCCGAAUGGAAAAAGUAUAAUUAAUAACAGUGUCGAAGAAAAACUGCCAGAGAAAAAAAGUAGAAGAAUUUUGAAAAGGAAAACGUAGAAUGAAAAAGAUGUCUAUAGAUAACG